CUCUCUGAUCCCAACUUCUUUCAGCAGCCUUGUGGUGGAGCUGGCUACGAAACCUCUGCAGCCCACCUCCACUGGACAGACGCUCACUUUCCAUCCCCGUCCCUCUGCUUCUGCUGCUAGAGGAAAACGGAAGUGUACAGUUUCGACAAAUGGUGGAAAGAUGGCGAUGCCCAUGAGGAGGACGUUGGUUGCUCUUCACAGGGCAACAUGCAGCAGUUUGAAGAAUGCCGAGGCGUCUUUGGACUUGCGGCACCCCAUCCCACUUUACCUGCCGGUCCGGACCAAGAAACGAUACUUCAUCCCCCCAGCGGUCAAGCUGAAGGGGAAGAAGGAAAGUAACACGGAGGCCCGGGCCCGAGCAGCAGGCAUCGUCUUCAGACAGGAGUACAUAGAGAGGCCCAUCAACAUCUCAUGCACCGCUGGAAUCUUUGACCCCUACAUUCCCCCGGAGGGCGAUGCUCGUCUCUCCACUCUAUCUAAAGAAGGUCUGAAGCAGCGAACAGAGCAGCUGCGACAGAGCGCCAGCUCACAGCUCGCGUUUCGUAAAAUCAAAGAGCACGACUCUCAGUUCACAUCAAAGGAUUUUGCAGAGCGAGCUCAAGAAAUCUUCAUCGAGGCCCACGACGCCCUGACAAAUUUCAACAAGGUGAAGCUUCACUCCUUAGUGACAGAGCGGUGUUACCCUGAGAUGACGAGGGGGAACCGCUACAAGACAAUCAGGUGGAAGUUUAUCGAGUCCCUGGAGCCGCCCAGAGUGGUCCACGCCCGCUGCCCCGACAUGGUCACCAAAGGCAACCUGUACGGCCAGGUGACGGUCCGCAUGCACUCCAAACAGACUCUGGCCAUCUAUGACCGCUUCGGCAGGCUAAUGCUGGGCAACGAGGAGCAGCCGAAGGACGUCCUAGAGUACCUGGUCAUAGAGCGACACCUCGUCAACCCCUACGGCUGCUGGAGGUUACACGGGAAAAUCGUGCCGUCCUGGGCUCCGGCCAAAGACCCGAUUAUUAAGACUGUCAUGAUUCCCGGACCAGAGCUGAAACCAGGACAAGAGUUUGAUGCUCUGAACUAUAAAGUCUCCAAACCAGAGGCGGUUCAGUGGAACAAAUAGUCCACCGGGUGGCGCUGCUCUUUUCUUCAAACCAUAGUCGGGACAUUAUCAGCAGCCAUGAGCCAAAUUGUUGCUUACAUUUUUGGCUGUGGUUGGUUAGUUUGUCCAAUUUGGCAGCAAACCAGGCUUCCUUUGGAGGCUCUUAUCUGUUUGAAAAAUGCUGUUGGGUGUUGAAACGGUGGAAGCAGCAGGUGAGUUUUAGUGUGAACAAAUUACUGAGUCGUGCAGCCAAUAAAGCUGCUGCUUCUCCCUGCAACACAUCACCACACACACACACACACACACACACACACACACACACACACACAGCAGUCUGGAAUAAUCACCAUAAUAAAAGCUCCUUUCUUCAGAUUUGUUUCACACAUGUUCAUAUUGUUUUUACAACUAACUUAAUGUGUACAUGUAUAAGAAUAAAACAUACAGAUCUCCAGAAAUUGAAUGGUUUAUUUCUGUGAUGAAUAUACUGCAUGUUGACCUCAGGAAAUACAAAAAUAAAGUGUCCCAUCUGUAACUUUUCACAUCAGAA